AUGACGAAGUUAAUAACAUUCGUAAUAUAUUUAAUUACCAUUGUUGUUUUGGUAAACGGUCAAACGUUGGACGAGUGUCUACAAAAGGACAGCAUAUCAUGCGUGCAAAAGAGCAUCUACAGAAAGGCAAAGGAAUUCUUUGAUAAGGACAGUUUGGAGAUAUUACCUGGUGUCAAUUUGGUCAAGAGUCAGGAUCCUAAUUCGAAAGAAAGGAAUGCUGCCAGAUCAAACAAAGAUAUUAUUUACGAUCGUGAAAUCGAUGAUGCCAAUGACGUAGCAGAGAGGCAAAAUCUUCUCGAAAAUUUCGUCGGAGAGGAAGCCAGUAAUUAUUUAACCGGACGUAGUUUAAAGAUUAAUUUUGCGCCAGUAUUUGAAAAGAUCGGCGAAUCGGCACGCGUAAUCACCGAUACGAUGCCACAAGAAAUUCGUCAAGCAGCCGACGAGAUUGUCGAAGGACGAGUAAGAAAGUUAAAACUUUUGAAAACGAUAUUACCUCUAUUGAUAGCUGCCAAAGUUAAAAUCGGUGCACUGGCUACCGGAGCUUAUUUGUUAAUCGCAUUGAUUGCCAAAAAAGCCAUAAUCGCGUCACUCAUUUCGAUAGCAAUAUCUGCGUUUAUCGGUUUGAAAUAUCUUUGGUCAUCGAAAUCUGGCGGUGGUUUUACACCAUACAAUAGUGGUUGGAGUGGUGGAAUCAGCAGCAUAGGUGGUGGUUGGGCACCACCCGUUUCUUCCGGUGGAUGGGCCACUUCCGGUUCAGGUGGUUGGGACGAUGGACAUUACGCUCAAAAUCAAGCAUAUUCGAGUUAUCAUCAUUGA